AUGCUCCACGGCGACCAUGCGACCAUGAUGGGAUUGAUUUCCACGGAUCCAAGGGUGGCAUUCAUGUACGACUUUAUUGGGUACCUGGUACGCAAUGCUGGACCGAGUGGUAUGUGUCCAGCCGUGUGGUCCGAAUUUGUUCGAGAUAUGUCAUUCACGUCGGUUGCACCGAAUGGACUACUUCACGACCCGCACUUGGAUAAGAUCGCUACUGUGUGGGGGGAAGUGUACAAUUCAAGUCUGGCCGCUGUUGUCGCAAGUUGUGGCUAUAUGCGCAAGGACAACUUUAUGUUGUUCUUAAAUCAUUACAUGACAACGUUGAACAAACGACGAAUUCAAGCAGUCAUCAAGGAAUCGGCAAGCCAAGACAGCAUCAAACGCCAGCAAUGGAGAACAAUCAACCAAUACAUCCACGCCCUACAACAAGACAUCAGGCACCAUGCUAAUGAGCCUCAAUGCACCGCCACAACUCCAUGCAAACUAUGCAGCCCAAGUCAAGCAUAG